AUGAUGAUGGUGAGCGACGACUGCCUGGUGGAGUGUAAGAUCGACGACAGCGACGACGACGACGGAGCGGUGGAGGAGCAGAUGACCACUCCUCCUCCUCCCCCAGAGUUCGCCUCCAAAGCUCCGACGCCAGCUCCCAAGGCCCCGACGCCCCCGGCGCCGCCGCCGCCGGCCCCUCCCACGCCCACACCCACCCAGCCUGUCAGCAGAGACCCCAAUGGCAUCAAUCGCCACCUCAAGGUGGAGGUCAGUGAUGUCCUGGCGGAGCCAGCCUCCCCCCACAGCUUCAACACGGUGUGGCUUUACAGCGUGGUGGGCUUCGAGAGGACUCGAGUCUGGACGUACCGCUGCCUCUCGCUGCUGUUCGCCGUGCCUUUCGCUCUGAUGUGUGGCGUUUUCCUGGCUGUUCUGGCCUGCCUGCACGUCUGGUUCCUGGCUCCCUGCAUCCAGCUGAGCAACACCUUCCUUCCCUGCCUUCGGUCUUUGUGCAUCUGCACAGUCAACGUCUUCAUCUCUCCCUUCUGCACGUCUCUCGCUCUCUGCUGCAGUCAGAUUGCGAUCUCGCUCUCCAACAAGGACUGGCAGCAAAUGAGAGAUAAAAACGUGGUGUGAAUGGGAUCCGCACCGACAGCUCCAGGGACUGGACGAGUGAAUGAAUGAAAGACAACGUUCGUCGUCUCUUUUGUAUUUUCUGUUUUAUA